AUGACGAACCCGAAAGGGGGGAUCCGCUACUGGGGUUCAAUAGCUGGAACACAACAGAUACCAACCGUGGUUCCUUACACUCGACAGGAGAAUGACGGACCCGACAACAAAAGCUACAACAGGACAGCUCUCGAAACCCGCCCCCAACACCCCUUGAACAUCUCGCCGAACCCGGGGACUAACGAGACACGACCCGGAGACACACCUCCGAAUAAGCUGACUCGGACCAAUAUAGUAGACCGGGACUUAAUGGCUAAGUUAACAGGACAAUACACCCCCACUCAAGUCGCACUUGCGACCUGCACAGACUCUCCUCCCCUUCCUCAGUAG